AGAGAGGAGGAAGAGGAGAGAGGGAGAGUCAACAGGGACCAUUAGCUGUGUGGGACUGGGGCAAGAAGGACCUGCAGGGUUUGACCUUGAGGAGGCAUCAGACGGCUGAAUCCCAGAGAGACUUGGAGGACAGGAAGGGACAGAGGAAGGAGAGGAGAAAACCACAGGGUUAUCCUGUCCCGGUAAUUGUGGCUCACCUCUGGAGAAGAACGAAUUAUGAUCUAUUGGCGGUAUCAGGUAUCAGGAGGACCGUAAAGGCUAAUCAUAUCUUCUCAUUCCCUGAUGGGCCUCUGUGGAUUUUACCUGUAAUGGCUCACCUGUGCAAAUAAAGGCUUGCUCAUGUGACACCUGUGGAUAUCCCACUGAUAUCAUAUACCUCUGGAGGUGUGUCUCCCAUCACUGGGGGCUUGAGGUCGGUGCAGAAAUGGAGGCGGUCCUGUUGGGUCUAGAUGAGGCGAUCUGUACUCGGCACGGUCUGCUGUGGACUCUCAGCUCCACAGCCCUCCGACGCCUUUGCGUGCAUGCCAGGAACCUUCCUGGACCCCUGCACCUAUUACACACACACAGGUGUGUUUCAAGGCCACUCUACCAGAUGACAGAGGGGAGGCGAUGUCAGGUCCAUCUCCUCGACGACAGGAAGCUGGAGCUCCUUGUACAGCCCAAGCUGAUGGCCAAGGAUUUGCUGGACCUUGUGGCCUCUCACUUCAACCUCAAGGAGAAGGAGUACUUUGGAAUUGCAUACACAGACGAAACGGGCCAUUUUAGUUGGCUGCAGUUGGACCGCAGGGUAUUAGAACAUGAGUUUCCCAAGAAGACUGGUCCCAUUGUCCUCUACUUUUGUGUCAGAUUCUACAUAGAGAGUAUAUCCUACCUGAAGGACAAUGCCACUAUUGAACUAUUCUUUCUUAAUGCAAAGUCCAUCAUCUACAAGGAGCUUAUUGAAGUGGACAGUGAUAUUGUCUUUGAAUUGGCUUCCUUUAUUCUACAAGAGGCUAAAGGUGAUUUCACCAGUAAUGAUGCAGUCAAGUCUGACCUGAAAAAGCUGCCUGCUCUGCCCACCCAGGCCUUAAAGGAGCACCCAUCUCUGGCCUACUGUGAAGACAGGGUCAUAGAGCAUUACAAGAAGCUCAAUGGGCAGUCCAGAGGGCAAGCUAUUGUGAAUUAUAUGAGCAUUGUAGAGUCUCUGCCCACAUAUGGAGUACAUUACUAUGCUGUUAAGGACAAGCAGGGGAUCCCUUGGUGGUUGGGUCUUAGCUAUAAAGGCAUCUUUCAGUAUGACCACCAGGACAAGGUCAAGCCCAGGAAGGUGUUCCAAUGGCGUCAGUUGGAGAACCUCUAUUUCCGAGAGAAGAAGUUUUCAGUGGAGGUUCAUGACCCCAGGAGGGCGUCGGUGACAAGAAGGACGUUUGGUCACAGUGGCAUCGCUGUGCAUACGUGGUACGCCUGUCCUGCCCUCAUCAAGUCCAUCUGGGCCAUGGCCAUCAGCCAACACCAGUUCUACCUGGACCGCAAGCAGAGCAAGUCAAAGAUCCAUGCGGCGCGGAGUUUGAACGAGAUCGCGAUAGACCUGACGGAAACUGGAACUCUGAAGACGUCCAAACUAGCCAACAUGGGCAGCAAGGGCAAGAUUAUCAGUGGCAGCAGUGGCAGUUUGCUCUCCUCAGGCUCUCAGGAAUCAGACAGCUCCCAAACCGCCAAGAAGGACAUGCUGGCAGCGCUGAGGGCCAGGCAGGACGCUCUGGAGGAAACGCUAAAACAGAGACUAGAGGAACUGAAGAGCAUCUGCAUCAGAGAGGCGGAGCUGACAGGAAAGCUUCCGAAGGAAUAUCCUCUGGAUCCGGGAGAGGAGCCACCCACAGUGAGACGAAAGAUCGGUACCGCCUUCAAACUGGACGAGCAGAAAAUUCUUCCUAAGGGAGAGGAAGAGGAGCUGGAGCGGUUGGAGCGUGAAUUUGCCAUUCAGUCCCAGAUUACGGAGGCAGCCCGCCGUCUCGCCAGCGAUCCUCACGUGAGCAGUAAGAAGCUGAAGAAACAGAGGAAGACGUCUUAUCUGAACGCACUGAAGAAGCUCCAGGAAAUUGAGAACUCUAUCAACGAUUACCGGGUCCGCUCUGGCAAGAAACCUACGCAGAGAGCGUCACUUAUCAUAGAAGAAGCCAAUAUUGGUUCUGAAGACAGCUCGCUGUCUGACGCACUGGUGCUGGAUGACGAUGAUCCUAAUGUCACAGGAACCCCUACCUUCUCUCCAGUAGCAUCACCCCACAAGGGCCUCCCUCCUCGGCCACCCUCUCACAGUCGGCCCCCUCCACCGCAGUCCCUGGACGGCCUGCGACACCUGCACUACACUCGCUCUGACUACGAUAAAUCACCCAUCAAACCCAAGAUGUGGAGCGAAUCGUCUCUGGAUGAGCCCUAUGAGAAAGUCAAGAAACGCUCCUCUCACUCCAGUCACAGGCGUUUCCCGAGCUCCGGCAGUGCAGAGGCAGGUGGUAGUAACUCUCUGCAGAGCAGCCCCAUCAGGAGCCUCCCUCUCUGGAAUUCUCAAUCCAGCAUGCCGUCGACCCCGGACCUGAGGUCCAGGACCCCACACUAUGUACAUUCUACUAGGUCAGUGGACAUCAGUCCUACACGUCUGCACAGUCUCGCUCAGCACUUUAGGAACCGCAGCUCAAGCCUGGAGUCCCAGGGCAAGCUGCUUGCGUCCGACCCUGACACACACCCGCACACCCUGGGAACUCUGGGCAGCCCUGACUUCUUCUUGGGCCCAGGACGCAACUCAAAUGGCUCCGACCCACUGGAUGACUGUUCAUCCUGCACCAGCCAAAGCAGCUCAGAGCAUUACUACCCGUCUGGUGGACCCCCCGGCAGCAACCCCAACUACUCCACUCUGGGAGAGGACUCGCCCUCCAAAGCCAGGCAAAGACAGAGGCAAAGGCACAGGUCUGCAGGACACCUGGGUUCCUCUAACUCCGGCUCUAUGCCAAACCUGGCAGCUAAGAACGGCUCUGCUGGCGGCUCAGGUGGAGGCAGCAUGGGAGGGGGACACCAUGGAGUUUACCUCCACAGCCAGAGCCAGCCCUCCUCCCAGUACCGCAUCAAGGAGUACCCUCUAUAUGUGGAGGGCAGCCCCAACCCUGUGGUGGUGCGCAGCCUUGAAAGCGAUCAGGAGGGCCACUACAGCGUGAAGGCCCAGUUCAAGACUUCCAGCUCCUACACCGCCGGGGGACUGUACAAAGAGGCCUGGGGGGGAGAGGAAGGAGGCGAGGGAAGCGGGCGACUCACGCCGUCACGCUCUCAAAUCGUACGGACUCCGUCAUUGGGGCGAGAGGGUGGUGGAGGCGGAGGAGGGGGGAGGGCAGCAGUGUCUGAAGAGCUGCGAUGCUGGUACCAGAGGUCGUCAGGGAGCCUGAAGGAGAGGAGUCAUUCGCAUUCGGGGUCCACUUCCUCCGAGACGGGGUCACAGCAAGGCACUCUGGGACAUGGACGAGGGAUUAGAAUAGGGACACUCGCCAAGGGCUCACCAGCUGCAUCCCCUCACAGCCAGAGGAGUAUGACGCCCUCCAGUGAACACGCAGCCACGCCCACUCCCCCCUGUAGCCCACAGCACAUCCUCAACUGGCAGAGCGGAGGCACAGCAGACAGCUCUCCUACUGAGGACGUCUGUCAGUCUCCCCCUCAGCCCAGCUCUGACGCAUAGAGGUCUUUCAGCGACAGCUGUUUCCUAAGCAGCCCCCUGUGUUCAGAGCUGGCAGAUGUGCAGUGGUACGGACAUGACAAGGCCAAACCUGGAACCCUGGUCUGAGACCUUCCUUUAGGGGCCUAGAAGAGUCCCGUUGCCCUCUCCUACUGCCUCUCCACUGUUCCUCACUACUACCCAUUGACAACCAACAACCUCAUCCUUAAAACCCCACAAAAUCCUGCCCCCACCCCGACUGGUGGACUGGACAUGAGCCUCCCUCCUCCCUGUAUCCCUCCCUCCAUCCAUGCCCCCUCUUUUUAUCAUGCCCCUCUAUCGCAGCUCAGCCAGACGAGGACAUGCUCACUGCGCUCUGAUGAGGGCUGAUCUCACAGGACAGACUGAGAAGUGCCACCUCAGCUGUUGAACAGUUGCCCGACAGCAUCACAGAGCCCGUGUCUUUACUCAACCCUCUGCAGCACACGAGCAACGGGACAAGGGGGAAGGAGCGAUUGGAAGAGAUAGAGCACACAAUAAUAUCAAACACAACUCAAACUCAACAUCGGCCAUUCCAGGAUCUGUUUAACAUCUCACCUUUGCUCCCCCCAACCUUAAUAACUCUAGUGCACUGCCACCAAAUCAGUACUGGAUUUGAGCCACCAGUUUAUAACCCACUCCCAGGCCCAAACAAACUGUGCUGGUCGUCAUCACUCCCAUCAAUGUUGUUUGUCUUUUUCUUUUUUUUCUUUUUUAUUUCUCCCUGCGUAUUUAUAAAAAGGACAAUUGACUCAAACUUUUCAAAGAUCUGGAUUUACAAACAUUUAGAUGACAUUCAACGUUUAGUUUUAACCCACAACCAAAGACAAGACUGGAUUGGCUGAUCACAGCAGGCUCCCGUGGGCCGGCGCCCCUGCAGAAAAGUGAAUUCACAGUGACAAUAUCAGGAUGCUUUCUGGGACUCUGUCUAGAAUAUUUAUGAGGACUAUAGCAAUAACAGUGUACAAGUAUAUGAACUGGUUUGACAUUUCAGAGUGAACUGAAGCAGGAGGUUUUGCCAUGUUCUCUGCCUUGUGAUGCUCGGGAGUAGAGGCUCAUUAGUGCACCUCAGGGAGAAUAUGGAGUUUUGGUUAUUGGGUUUGGCAUUAGUCUGUGCUGUUUUUUAGUGACUUCAUUCAUUUUCAUUUUCACGUCUUUGGUCUUCAUAAGAUUUCUCUGUCCAUAACAGUUUGUUGCGCCGCAUGGUGGAUUAUGAACAGUCCCAGGGCCAGAACGUGAAGGGCCGUGUUUACCAUUUGCCACACACAAUCACUGCAACAUUUCAUUCCAUCUUUUUACACUUAUCUCUUUCAACCCUGAAAGUAAAACAAUAUGAUUGGCUGUUGACCCCUGUUGGCAUCACAUGUAGUUUGACAUUGAGGCUGUUAAGUGAUAAAUCUCUACAGUGAAUCAUGUUUUUUUCUCUCACGACUGUCUCUUAUUUGCCUUUGGUCUUGGUUUUAUUUACCAGUUUACAUCAUGCUGUGUGUGUUCGUCUGUCGCUCUGUAGCACUGUGUGUUCUCAUCUCUCUGUCCAAAACCUCUGCAUGACAGGAGCAUCCUGACCGAACACUGACAGGCAGAACUUAGCGCUGGCCAGAUCGCAUGGCGACAGUCAGAACACAUGCAUUUAUGGGGCACACACACUAGUACUAUUAUAUUUGUGCCAAACGUGUUACUUUUGUACUGUAUUCGGCUCUGGAACAGCAACUCCUUUGAGCUAUAGAUGCCUUCAAAUCCCCUCAGUCUAUAGCCACGCUGUAAAACAGCAGCAAUGCAGAGUAGCAAGACGACGCUUCACACACUUAUUUACAACUUGGCAUCAGCAAGUUGUUAAUGACUUAGUCGAUCUUACUUUGGUUUUAAAGCACAACAUUGACAGUGUGUAUGAGGGCUGGAGCUACUAUUGGCACGUCACUGAUGAGUACCAUCAAAGUGCAUAGGAGGCAACUAGACAAGCUGAAACCACAGACGAGGCAUUAAAUGAUAAGCGUUUGGUUUUUCUUUUACAGUAUAUUUUACAGGACAUAGAUUAAUCAAUUAUUACUAACCCAGUAUCAGGGCAGAAGCAAAGCCAUGAAUAAAAAAUGAGAGGACUUAUUUUGUCUCACAUCCCAAACAACAAUCAGAUAUUCAGAACAGGGUUAGAAAAGCACACCUGGUUUUGUACAAAGGAAGUUGAACUCUGCAUGUUCUAGCCGUCCCUGAAUCAGUUUCCCUCGACAUGUGUUGCAGAAUAACAUUUAUCAGUGUUUCAUUGUUGCACAAAAUCUUGAAUUAAUCAGAGGGGGAUUUUAUUAAGAUUAUGACAGAUUCUACAUCUCAUCACGUCUGGAAAGAAAUCCUGUAUCGUGCUAUAGUGCACGGGAGGAAUGGUACGUGUCUUACCCUGUCCCACAUAGUGGUGUGUCCCUCAUGCACUGACGUCAGUUGUUGUAAUCUGUCACUUUCAAAACUAAUUUUUCCAUGCGAAGGUUUAACCCGCUCUCAUGCCCCCUGUGCACGGCUGUGUUCUCCAAGAGUUAUCCAUCCAUGCCCGGUCAAAUCUGAUAAAUCUUUUUCCCAGGAUUUGGAACAAGCACACAACCAGUUACCUGCAACUCAUCGGAAUUCAUUACUCUAAUCUAAUCUGAUCUGAAUCUAUUCCUCCGGUGUGUUCAACUUUGACCCGGCUUUUCUCAAUGAAAAGUCUGCUCCCAGAUUUUGUGCACUCGAGACACAAUCCCAUGCAUGCCGCGCAGAUCCACUGAUAAAGACCCCAAAGAUAUCCAGCAUCCGAGUAGUAUACGCUAACAUUAGCACGUCUUGCUCCGUAGUGUCGCCCCGCCCACAGAGGGUCCUGUUUUGACCUUGUGCUAACCUCUGACCUCUGAGCCCAAUGUGAUGAAGUGUGACAGCCCCUCUGUAGUUCCAAAAAGCCCUUUUUUUCUGUGCUCCAUUGAGACGUUAGAGGUUUUUGUAAAACUCCCCAAGACAAAUGAUCGAACUCUUUUGUCAGUCCUUUCCUGUAUUGUGCGGAGGGGCGCUGUAAGGUUUUGGGGGUUUUUUAACAUUGACAUUCAUUGUUUUAACAAAGUUCCAUUUUAUAUGAAUCAAUAUUGGUUGGGUUUUUAUUUUAGUUCUGACAUUGUAACAUCCCUUUCAGGUGCUACAAAAUGACCAGUUACUGCUUUGCCACAUAGGAUCUAGACAUCUCUCCACUGUUAUCAAUAGGUUCAAUACCAGAUGUGCAAAAUGAAGCUUAUUUUAACAAACCGUUUAAAAGUAGAACACUUCCCCUACCAGACGAUAGAGCAUGUAACUUGAUUUUAUCAGUUCUGUUCAACUGUAACAAUACAUUAAAGGUGUUGUAGAAAAAAAUGUGGAAUUGAUAAGAAAAAAAACUGAAUUCCACAGUUAAUUUAUUCUUUUUUUUCUAUUAAAAAUUUGUAUAGUAACUUUACAUUUUUCAAAACUGUGUUGUUGGAAAUUGAUGAUGAAUUUUCAAGUUGAGAAGCCGUGGUGGUUCUUGAGAGUAAGAAAAAUAAAUUAUUGAUGAAUGUUCUCAA